UCUGAGUUCUUUAUUUUUUGGUUUUCAAUCGAAGUAAACGAAGUAAAAAUGUCGACAAUUAACUUGCAUCCACCGCAAACAUACUCGCGUCUUUUCCGUCCCUGGGAUACGCAACGCCAAACGCCUGCGCCGCCCGCCAGGCCAGUGAAACGUGAACGUGAAUCCGAGUUGGAUAUCUGCAAUCCAUCUCCUGCUCCCGCUGAACGUGUGACCAUCAAAACGGAGUUGCCCACAGUCAGCAAUAGCAACAGCAGCAGCAGCAAUUUCUGCUACGGUCAGGAUAGCGAUCGCGAAUCAUCAUCCUCGUCAUCCGCAUCCUCAUCCUCAUCGAGCAGCAACAGCAGCAAGUCCAGCUACGAGGAUGGCCUCAACAACAGCAGCAGCUACACACGCACCUCGACACCACUUCUGGAUGUGACUCCACAGCCAGCAUUCCCCGUAUCCAAUGUGUUGGCGCCACAGCAAUUGUCGCCCGCACAGCCAGCUCCCUAUUUGCCCAGCAGUGAUUUAUAUUAUGCCGCCGCCGCUGCGGCUGCUGCAGCUGCCAAUACACCAUCGGCUGCUGCCUUUGGCAUGGAUCCCUUCACAUUGGGACUGAUGGAGCAGGAGUAUGCUCGUGUCAUGGCCGAGGAUGCGCAGCUGAAGGCGCUGAAUGCACGCAAGCAGCGACCAAAGAAGUUCAAGUGUCCGCACUGCGAUGUUGCCUUCUCCAACAAUGGCCAGCUCAAGGGACACAUUCGCAUUCAUACCGGCGAGCGACCUUUCAAAUGUGAUGUGGAAACCUGCGGCAAAACCUUUACACGCAACGAGGAGCUCACACGGCACAAGCGCAUCCAUUCGGGUCUGCGGCCGUAUCCUUGCAGUGCCUGUGGCAAGAAGUUCGGGCGUCGCGAUCAUCUGAAGAAGCACAUGAAGACGCAUUUGCCGCAAGAGCGCCAGCUGGGACCGGCUAUCUUUAUGCCCAUGUAUCCCUAUCUCUAUGGAUACUAGGCGAGACGGUCCUUAGCUAAGCCAGCGAUCUGUGAAGC